UCCCGAGGCCGGAAGCGCCCCGGUGCGCGCGGUCUCGCGCUUCCAGGCGUCCCCGAGGUUCCCCAGGCCUGGACGCUGUUGCGCUCGCGCUCGCAUUCACGCUCGUUCCCGGGUUCCCCGGCCACGAGAGAUCCGAGGAGGCUGCGCGCGUGCGCUGCCGGUCCAGGUCCCCACCCCCAGGCGCUGGUGCAUCGCAGCCAUGUGUUCCUUAGCGUCGGGCGCUACCGGCGGCCGGGGCGCUGUGGAGGAGGAGGAGGACCUGCCCGAGCUGUCAGACAGCGGUGACGAGGCCGCCUGGGAAGAUGAGGACGAUGCCGAUCCCUCCCACGAGAAGCAGCAGACCCCCUGCCUGUUCUGUAACAGGUUAUUUACAUCUGCCGAAGAAACGUUUUCACACUGUAAGUCUGAGCAUCAAUUUAAUAUUGGUAACAUGGUUCAUAAACAUGGACUUGAAUUUUAUGGAUACAUUAAACUAAUAAAUUUUAUUAGACUUAAGAACCCUACAGUUGAAUAUAUGAAUUCCAUAUACAACCCGGUGCCUUGGGAGAAAGAAGAAUAUUUAAAACCAGUAUUAGAAGAUGACCUUUUACUUCAGUUUGAUGUAGAAGAUCUUUAUGAACCAGUAUCGGUCCCUUUCUCGUAUCCCAAUGGACUCGGUGAAAAUACAUCUGUUGUUGAAAAGUUGAAACAUAUGGAAGCCAGGGCACUAUCUGCUGAAGCUGCGUUAGCUGGAGCACGUGAGGAUCUGCAAAGAAUGAAACAAUUUGCUCAGGAUUUUGUGAUGAACGCAGAUGUCAGACCCUGCUCGUCAUCUACUACUGCCAUUGCAGACCUCCAGGAGGAUGAGGAUGGUGUUUAUUUCAGCUCAUACGGGCAUUAUGGGAUACAUGAAGAAAUGCUAAAGGACAAAGUACGAACAGAAAGUUACCGAGAUUUUAUAUAUCAAAAUGCACAUAUCUUCAAAGACAAGGUAGUUUUGGAUGUUGGUUGCGGAACUGGAAUUCUCUCUAUGUUUGCUGCGAAAGCUGGAGCAAAGAAGGUUCUUGGCGUUGAUCAGUCCGAAAUACUUUACCAAGCAAUGGAUAUCAUAAGACUAAAUAAACUUGAAGAUACUAUUACUCUAAUUAAAGGAAAAAUUGAAGAAGUUCGUCUUCCUGUAGAAAAAGUGGAUGUUAUUAUAUCCGAGUGGAUGGGCUAUUUUCUUCUUUUUGAGUCUAUGUUAGAUUCUGUCCUUUAUGCAAAGAACAAAUAUUUGGCAAAAGGAGGAUCGGUCUACCCCGAUGUUUGCACCAUUAGCCUUGUGGCAGUAAGUGACGUGAACAAACAUGCUGAUAGGAUUGCAUUUUGGGAUGACGUUUAUGGCUUCAACAUGUCCUGCAUGAAGAAAGCAGUUAUUCCAGAAGCUGUUGUGGAAGUUUUAGAUCCAAAGACUCUUAUUUCAGACCCCUCUACUAUUAAACAUAUAGAUUGCCAUACAACAUCUGUCUCAGAUUUGGAGUUUUCUUCAGAUUUCACCCUGAAAAUCACCAAGACAUCUUUGUGCACGGCAAUUGCAGGCUACUUCGAUAUAUAUUUUGAGAAGAACUGCCACAACAAGGUUGUGUUCUCUACGGGCCCCCAAAGUGCCACAACACACUGGAAACAGACAGUAUUUCUAUUGGAAAAGCCAUUCUCAGUUAAAGCAGGUGAAGGCUUGAAAGGAAAGAUUACAGUGCACAAGAAUAAGAAAGAUCCACGUUCUCUCAUUGUGACCCUCACAUUGAAUAAUUCAACUCAGACUUAUGGUCUCCAGUGAAAAGGCCAAAAAAGCCCAACUAAUUUGCAGUUUUUAUUGUGGGGGAGGGGUGAGUAGGGACCGAGGGCGUGGUGAUGACAGAUCCUUUCUGAGCCUCCUCACUUUUCGAGGAGAAUGGUAGGAAUCUGGUAAUUCAUCUCAGGAAGGGACUGGUUGAUCCUAGUGAUCAACCCACAUGACCACGUUUUUGGAGGUCUAAUCAGUGAGUUUUAGCCAAAUGUAACCUCUACAUUGAAUUUAGCUGCAUUAAAAAUCAUUUAAAUUGGCCUGAA